AUGGUGCUGGAUCUGAGGAUUGUUCUUUUGGGUCGGACUGGAUCAGGGAAGAGUGUAGCAGGAAACACCAUUCUGGGCAGAGAGGCCUUUGAGGAGUCUGUAACCAAACACUGUGAGAUAAAGAGAGGAGAAGUGGAGGGAAGAAAUAUUUCAGUGAUUGACACUCCUGGACUCAACAACCCAUCACUGACUGAAAAACAGCUGAAAACCGAAAUGGAGAAAGCCAUCAGUCUGUCUGCUCCAGGACCUCAUGUGUUUUUACUGGUGAUCUGGUUGGAAACAUUCACAAAUGAGGAACACGAGAUUGUGAAGCAGAUUAAAGAGCUUUUUGGAGAAGAUGCUUUGAAAUUGACCAUGGUGCUGUUCACUGGAAGAGAAAAAAUGUCAAGGAGCAAAUGGAGGGAUUUUAUGCAAAAUAAAGACACUGAACAGCUCAUCUGCAGUUGUGGAGGUGGACACUACGCUGUUAACAGUAAAGCAGAGAAUAGUUCAUCCCAAAUCGCAAAGCUUCUGGAGAAGGCAGACAAUGUGGUGGAGAUGAAUGGUGGACAGCACUACACCACCAACAUUUACCAAGACUCUAACAAAAAAGAGGAAAAUGAGACAAGGAGAAGAAUCCUUGAGGAGAUACGCAAGCAGCAGGAGGAGAGAAGAGAACACGAAAAGAGACAACAUGAGGAGAUACGGAGAGAGGAGGAGAAAAGAGAACAUGAAAAGAGACAACGUGAGGAGAUACGACAAGAGGAGAGGCGACAUGACGAAAUGAGGAGACAAGAGGAGAGGAGACAAGAUGAGAUGAGGAAACAAGAGGAGAGACGGUACGAUGAGAUGAAGAGACAAGAGGAGAGACGAUAUGAUGAAAUGAGGAGACAAGAGGAGAGAAGAUACGAUGAAAUGAGGAGACAAGACGAAAGACGGUGUGAGGAGAUGCGAAGAGAGUUGGAGAGGAGGCAAAAGGAGGGUGGUGGAGGGAGUGAUGAUUCUGCAACAGGAGGAUGUAAAACGUAUGGAGAAAACGUGGAGGAGAUGGAUGUAAGGCUGUGUCACAUCAAUAAAAUUUACCAGGAGCCUCCGAGACAGAUCAAAGAAGAAAGUGAAAGAAGUAGAUCUGUGGAGAAAAGGAGAGAGGAGAUACAGGAGGAAACAAAACUUGAAGAGAUAAGGAGACAGGAGGUGAGAAGGCUUUGGGACAUGCAGAAACAGGAGGAAAGGCGAGGAUUUGAAAAAAGACUGUCUGAGCAGGUGAGGAGACAGAAUGAGAGAAGGAUUGAGGAGAAAAGACAACAGGAGGAGAGGAUGCUUUGGGAGAUGAGGAAUCAGGAUAACAAACGAUCUUUGAAAAAGAGACAACUUGAGGAGAUGAGGAGACAGGAGGAGAGAGAGCUUGAGAUGAGGACAGAAGAAGAUCGACGGGGACAGGAGGAAAGGAGACUGAAGCAGAGGAGACUGGAUUUAAUGCACCACAACAACACACUUGAGGAGGUUAAGAGGCAAGAAGAGAGGAGACCUGAAAAAAUGAGAUGGCAAGAGGAGAGAAGAAUUGAUGAAAUCCGGAGGCAAGAGGGGAGAAGAACUGAUGAAAUGAGGAGACGAGAGGAGAGAAGAAUUGAGGAGAUAAGGAGACAGGAGGAGAGAAGGCUAGAUGACAUAAGGAGAGACGUGUAA